CAAUUCCCUUCUGCCAUAGAAGCCUGUCGCCAUGAAGUUGAUUCGGUCCAUUGAAUUUCGAUCAUGGUUCUCCUCUCUAUGACGCCCACUAUCGUGGCGGCUGUCCAGGCCUUCAAUUCCUGUCCUUGGCGGAAGGAAGAGGACGGAGAGCCAAGUCUGGAGCACCCUUCAGUGGGUAAUCCAAUCUCACACAGGCAGCUUAUACACAUAUCGAAGUGUUUAAAAUCGACCCCUGAAAAGACUGUCGCAGCUGAGCGUUGCGUACCAGUCCAUUUGAGCGAGCUGCUGAAGGGCUGUUCUGUCUAUAUACCUCCGGCCCCGCCAAAGCCAGAGAAGAGCGAUGAAUACAAAGCUCUCAUGGCUCGCCUGCGCAAAGAAGAGGAAGCCCGCAAGUACUCACAGAUGCUCAACCCAGCACCACUAGUCGAGACCUUCUCUCAGCGCUUUCCUGAUCCUGCCCACGGGGCCCUUUUCCCCCCUCAGCCCAGCAUCUCUUCCUCCGGCGAAGAAGACGAGAUCACGUAUGCGGACAUUAACCGUCAUCUCGCUCUCAUAGCGAACGUGCUCGUCUCCAUCAUCGCAUGCGCUGUGUGCGUGUGGAAAGCGGCCUGGCACUGGAACGUACCUGAGCGCUUGGCUCUAAGCAUGGUGAGCAGCAUUGUGGUUGCAGUCGCUGAAGUCGCGAUCUAUGCGGGAUAUCUGGGGAGAUUGGAAGAAGCCAGGGCAAAGGAGCGCAGGAAGGUCGAGAGGCGAAGUGUGGCAGAAAGCUGGGUUAUCCAGCCAAAGGCAAGAGAAGGGAGAAGUGGCACAGCUCCUGGAGAGGAAUCUACGAGUGAACUGAGGAUGAGAGGGACGAAGAAGAAGGCAUAGCAUGUUAAGAAGCCAGGAUACAUAUGCCCUGACAAUGGAAGGGCUUGUGAGCUGGGCGGCGCAUACGUUCGCUCUGGGUCUUUGUUUGCCGUCCUUGAGACCGGAGAUUGCUCCUCCAUCCGUUUUGCACAGUGCGAGCACGGCGAGCAUACGAGACGUGUUAGGACCAAGAGUUAGCAAAGCCGUCCGUCCGUCCUCUCUAGCGCUCGCAUUCCAAGUCGACAGAUUCAAACCACACGUCACGGGAGACGCUUCUUCUACCAAGACUAUGAUGGAUACUCGAAUCAGGCCGGAACAGUGUCCCCAUUCGAACCUGAAGCGUCUGUCCAAUUGAGCGAAAAAACUUUUUACCCGUCCAAAGUUUGCAUGCCUUUCUUAUCAGCGGACGCAAGCGCUACACAAUCCGCAGCCACCUUGUCUACAAGCUCCACACCACAACGCAUUGUUGACGCGGCGGUCUAGACUCCGACAUCACACCACCUAUGCAUAUCGCGCUGCGAAGAAAAAGUAGAGGGGGGAAAAAAAGAAAGAAAGAGAAAGAAAGAUAAGAACAGGCUGGACGGGCCCUCGGUCGAUCGCGAUAACGCAGCUCGCCCCGCUGAGAAGAACGACGGGAACGUUUUGUCAGCACAGCGAAAAAAAAAAGUGGAGAAGAUAAAAACACCAGGAACGCAAGGCAUAAGGAAGGAGAAACAAUGAAAACAUAAAAAGAAAGAAAGGAAAGACGGAAGAAAGAAGUAGCGAGCUCUAGCCGUCGCGACAGAAGCGCAAACCCGAUGGAAGCGCGAUUUUGGAAUCCUUCCCGUACGCAACCAGAGCCUUCCCCCCCCCACAACAACACCCGGGACGCGGUCUUUUUUUGCUUUUGCGGCUUCUUUUCUUUUUCUUUUCUUUUCCCCUUGGAUCAUUUUCCACCUCUCUGCCUUGAGACGCCGCGAUUCCGACCCUCGUUCGUCACGGCUCUGUGUGCCGUGCUGCCGCAGGGUUUCGAAAAGCAACGCAUCCUCUCGUGAGGUUCCGCCCCUCCCCCUUCCCUCCCCCAACCCCCC